GCGGCGGCGGCGGCGGUGGUGCCCGUCGCGGGGCCGGGCCGAGCCGUGCCGGGGCCGCGCGGGGGCGGAGGGCAGCGCGGGGCCGGCCGGCGGCGCGGCGCGGCUCCCGCGCUGGGCCAGACUCAGCCCCUUUCUCCCGCCGCCGCUGGCUGCGAGCGCGCUGCGGCUGGAGCUGCCCCCAGAGCGGCUUCGUGAUGGCGGCGGCGGCGGCGGCGGCGGCGCGGGCUCGGCAGCGGGAGGCGCCCGCCCAGCCCUGCGCGCCGCGCCGCUAGCGGCAGCGCCCGUGCCCGCGGCGGCCGCCCCGGCCCAUGCCCCCGGGGGGAAGGGGGGCUGCAGCAGCCCGGCGAGCCGCCCACCCGCGCAGCGGGGGCAUCGCCCCCACUCGCCGCUCCUGGGAGGGCGGAAAGCAGGCGGCGGCGGCGCCGGCAUUGUGCGCGGCGGAUCGCAGGCCCCGGCGGCGCGGGGCUCGCCUGCCUCCCGCCCCAGCCCCAUGAACCAGCCGGACGGCUCCGCUCCGGCGGCGGCGGCGGGAGCGCAGGCCGACGAGAGCAACAGCACUGGGAGGAGGAGCUCUUCCAGCAGGGAGUGUUUGAAGAGGAGCCCACGGAGCCCAAAAGGAGAGGGCUCCGAUUCGGUGACAUCUCAGUCCUCACCCAGUGAAGAGGCUGGAAUGAUGACUGAGGUGAAGGUGAAAACAGAGGUACCAGAUGACUACAUCGAAGAGGUGAUCUGGCAGGAUGAUGCCAAAGAUUCGAAGAAGAAUAUAAAAGAUGGGCCAGGAGACGUGCCAGCAGAGAUCUGCGUGGUGAUCGGUGGGGUUCGCAACCAGCAGACGCUCGGAUCUUAUGAGUGUGGAAUAUGUGGGAAGAAAUACAAGUAUUACAACUGUUUCCAGACCCAUGUGCGAGCUCAUAGAGACACUGAAGCUGCCUCAGGUGAAGGAGCCUCACAAGGCAACAACUUUAGGUACACGUGUGACAUUUGCGGGAAAAAAUAUAAAUAUUAUAGCUGCUUCCAAGAGCACAGAGACCUGCAUGCCGUGGAUGUUUUUAGUGUGGAAGGUGCCCCAGAAAACCGGGCAGACCCCUAUGACCAGGCCGUCAUAGCAGCAGAUGAAGUAAAGGAGGAGGAGCCGGAACCCUUCCAGAAGAUUGGUCCAAAAACUGGCAAUUACACCUGUGAAUUCUGUGGCAAGCAGUACAAAUACUACACUCCAUACCAAGAACAUGUGGCGCUGCAUGCACCUAUUAAGUUCUCUCGAUCUCCACUCUUCGUGGCAGUGAAGACACAGGGGAGCCAAUCCAGCAAAAAAACACCGUCUUCAAUAAACCGAUGUUCUACCCUCCUGCACCGCACCCCCUCCGGUGUCCCACCGGCAUCCCCAUCCCAGAUGUUCCGCGCUCCAAAUUCUGGAUCCCCAGGAAGCAAGGCCAUCACAGCAGAAAGUGCUUUCAGCAGGAGAGCAGAAGGCAAAGCGCAAAACAACUUUGAAGAAACAAACAGCAAUUCUCAGAACUCCAGCGCUGUUCAUUCGGGGACAGAAAAACCUAAAGAAAAGAGAUGUAAGCAGAACCCAUCAGAGCCUUACACCUGUGGAGCUUGUGGAAUCCAGUUCCAGUUUUAUAACAAUCUCCUGGAGCACAUGCAGUCCCAUGCAGCUGACAACGAGAACAAUAUUGCCUCUAGCCAGCCCAGAUCACCUCUAGCUGUUGUUGAAGAAAAGUGGAAACCACAGCUCCAAAGAAAUAACGCCAACAAUACAUCUGCGAGUGGUUCAGUAGGGAACAGCGCGAUUCCGGAGAAGGAGCGGCAGAACAUUGCCGAGAGGCUCCUGAGGGUGAUGUGCACUGACCUUGGGGCUCUGAGCGUGGUGAGUGGGAAGGAGUUCAUCAAGUUAGCGCAGACCCUGGUGGACAGUGGAGCUCGCUAUGGUGCCUUCUCAGUCACCGAAAUUCUUGGCAAUUUCAACACACUGGCUCUGAAGCAUUUGCCUCGGAUGUACAACCAAGUGAAGGUGAAAGUAACCUGCGCCCUGGGCAGCAAUGCCUGCCUGGGCAUCGGUGUCACUUGCCACUCACAGAGCAUUGGCCCUGAUUCUUGCUACAUCCUGACAGCUUAUCAGGUGGAAGGCAACCACAUCAAGAGUUAUGUCCUGGGAAUUAAGGGUGUAGAUAUUCGAGAUAAUGGUGAUUUUAUCCACCACUGGGUACAGAACGUGCUCUCAGAGUUUGUGAUGUCAGAGAUCAGGACGGUGUACGUCACAGACUGCAAAGUCAAUUCCUCUGCGUUCUCCAAGGCAGGCAUGUGCUUGCGUUGUUCGGCCUGUGCCUUGAACUCAGUAGUGCAGAGUGUGCUGAAUAAGAGAACACUACAGGCUCGCAAUAUGCACGAAGUGAUCGAGCUCCUGAAUGUCUGUGAAGAUUUGGCAGGAUCCACGGGCCUCUCAAAGGAGACCUUUGGCUCCCUGGAGGAGACCUCUCCCCCACCCUGCUGGAACUCAGUCACUGACUCCCUCCUGCUUGUCCACGAGCGCUAUGAGCAGAUCUGCGAGUUCUACAGUAGGGCCAAGAAGAUGAACCUCAUCCAAAACCUGAACAAACACUUGCUCAGCAACCUGGCGGCCAUUUUGGCGCCGGUGAAGCAGGCGGUAAUUGAGUUGAGCAAUGAGAGCCGGCCCACCUUGCAGCUGGUACUGCCCACCUACGUCAAACUGGAGAAACUAUUCACUUCCAAAGCUAAUGAUGCUGGCGUAGUCAGCAAACUCUGCCACCUCUUCUUGGAGGCGCUGAAGGAGAACUUCAAAGUUCAUUCAGCACACAAGGUAGCCAUGAUCUUAGACCCUCAGCAGAAGCUGCGGCCCGUCCCACCAUACCAGCACGAAGAGAUCAUUGGCAAGGUCUGUGAGUUGAUUAAUGAGGUGAAAGAGUCCUGGGCAGAAGAAACAGAAUUUGAACCUUCAACCAAGAAGCCCCGGGCAGCAGGGGAAGCCACAGCAGCUCAGGAAGAAGAUUGGUUCGGGAAAAAUGAAGUCUAUGAUUAUUUGCAAGAACCUCUCUUCCAGGCCACCCCUGACCUGUUUCAGUACUGGUCGUGUGUUACCCAAAAGCAUACAAAACUAGCCAAGCUAGCCUUUUGGCUCUUAGCAGUGCCUGCUGUUGGUGCCAGAAGCGAAUGUGUAAAUAUGUGUGAGCAGGCUCUCUUAAUCAAAAGGAGACGGCUACUCAGUCCAGAAGACAUGAACAAACUCAUGUUUUUGAAGUCCAACAUGCUUUAAGACUGUCUUUUAAUUAAAACAAAACUUUAAAACACUGUUCCAAACAAAGAAAAAGAAUUUUAAGUUCUAAACACUGUGGACCUCAUUAUGAAUGCCCCUGGAAACCAAGUGCUUUUUUAUAUAUAUAUAAAAAUAUAAAUAUAUAUAAAAUUAAGUUUGAGAGGAAAGCUGAGCACGUGAGAGAGACAGCCCUCUGCCAGGAACGUGCUCCUUUCCAUAGAUAGUGUGUGGACUUGACAGACUUUCUAAUGUUUUCAAGUGGGCAGACCAAUGGGAGGCUGAUGUUCUAAAGUCUUCAGGCAGCUGAGAUCUAAAGUGACUUGAAGUUUCUUUUGUUUCUCCUCCACCCCACCUUUCCUCUUGUCCCCUGGGCCAUCUUGCCAUGGAUAAUCAGACUACAUUGAACAGACCAGUUCUUCACUGGACUUUGCUCCUUUGAAUAACUGUACACCUUGAGGGCAUUUGUCUGCAGCCUUCUUGACAUACGGUGCAUGUUAUCAGGGCAGCUGUGUUUUAUGAAUACCAGUAUCUUCAGAAAUCAGGAAGGGAGACUCUAAGAUUGUUUUUAUUAUUAUUUUUAUUCUAACUUUUUCAUAUAGGGUUUUUCCAAAAAAAAAAAAAACACAAACAAAAAACAAAAGUCACUCUUCUGUCUCCACUCCCAGUUUUGAGUUUAACUUCUUAGCUAGUGAACCUGCUCUAAGGAACCUGCUUUGGCAGGGGGGUUGGACCCAGUGAUCUUUUGAGGUCCCUUCCAACCCCUUCUAUUCUGUGAUUCUGUGAUUCUGUGAUUGUAAGUUUGAUUUAAAAUUAAGAGAAAUGAUUCAUGGCAGAAAACGUCUGUAAUUGUUAUGUUUCUUGGAUUUUUUUUUUACAGCAUACCUUCUUUUCUGAAUUCCCAGUGUAAAUUAGCUUCUCUGUGAAUUCUGUACAUCAGGGGUUCUCAAAUUCGUUCACAGAGUAGCCCAUUUAUGAUUAAAUAAUAUCCUUACGGAAGCCACAGCUGUUGCUUAUAUGGAAAAGCUAGAAACCAGGACAAGCAAGCAGGUGGUUACAACACAGAUGUCUUUGGCCAUCAGCAAGCUUGCCAGCAUCUGCCAGCUGCCAUUGAGAACCCUUGUACCUAAAGUUUUUUUAAACCUUCCCAGAACACACACUCAAAAUAGCCUUCACAAGGCCAAGGACAAACCAAGGUGUAUGAUUUUUCAGGGGAACAAAGAUCAUCAGUUCUGUCAAACUAGGGUUUGAAGGAAGCUUAGAGAAGCGCAUGGGCUCAAAGAUCCUUCUGAAUGUAAGUGCUUCUGAUUGAGUGCGACGAGUAUCUUCCUGUUUUAUUUGGAAUGGUUUCCUCUAGUAGCACGAAUGUCUUUUUAAUACCUACAGUGCAUUACACUACUUGUUAUGUUGUUGAAUCAUUCUGGCUAGGAAGGCCAUCGGCCCUUAAACGUUCACACUUACUGGCUCACCCCGAAUGCAAUUAGAGAUCAUCGUAACACAGAAACAUCUCAGUCACUCUGCUGUCCACCAAGGCCAGUGCUCUGCUGUGUCUGGUUCCCAUAGGCACAGCUCCUGGGCUGCUAGACAGGAUCUCUGCGAGCUGUCAGAGUUGGUGCCUCUUGGACAAUUCCUGACUUCUGGUGCCAAACUGUUAAUUUUUCAUCACUGGGACUUGUAUCCCAGAGGCAAACUGAAACAAAUUCUUGUUUUUGAAGCAUUCUCUUCUGCUUCCAGUAGUGUCCUCAGGAGCUGCAGCCGCAGUGGCAGCGGAGCAGCAGUGGUGGUGUGGGAGGACGGAUGGGGCAGGGUCCAAGGACAGGCUGGAGGCUGGAGCCCUCAAACAGCGCGGUGGUGCUUCUGGUUGCUGGUGAUGCAGUUGGUAAGAUUGGGGGCCCUUUUUGGAAUGCUGUUGUUGAACAGACAUUCAACCAAGAUCCCAGCUGCCCAUCUCUGGUUGAAUUAGAAGUCGCAUGUCACAGGACAAGAGAAAUGGCAGGGCCAGUCAGCUAGCUCGCAGCUCAGCCUACCCAGCCUCGGGUUUUGUGUUCAGGCAUGGAAGCCAGGCACUAAUGGACAGCUUCACUGCCAUGGGGCUCAGACAGGGAACAGUUUGCAUGCUAGAGACCUUCCCUAGAUUAAGGUCACCGACGAUGGCUCUUUAUACCCAAGUGUCUUGCCCCAGGAUGACUCUUGCCCUUCUCAGCCUGGAAACAGGACUUACUAUAGCCUGAGUAGAGAGCUUAGGUUGACAGCACCUCUUGGCACUGUUAGUGGCCUCAGAGCAAAACUAGUUCCCUCUUAAAUCUGAGUUUUGCAUAUGGAUAACUUAAAAGAUGUAGUCCACAACCCCACCGGCAACUGCAGAGGUAGCAGCAGGUACAGAUGAGUAGCCAAGGCGGAGGCACUUGGAGAUCUGAUUUCUCUGGCAAUGGCUUUUCAAACAGGUGCAGGUCGCAGGGCCAACGUUUGUUCUUUCUGGUUUUAUUUCCCCCCAGACAAAUCCUGCCCACCCAGCCACUCUCUGGGCCCACAGUAGCAUUAUUUAUUUGUGCUUGCAGUGCAGGAGGAGCCUGUAACAAACAAAAACUAAGUCUCAGACUAAAACCAAACAAAAAUAAAUAAUUCAGCAGGUGCAAAGUGUGCUGGUUAUGAAGUAUUUGUGCCAUGCUGCAGGUUCCACUGAAAAACAAAAGGGAUCCUGCAGCAAAAAAACUGGGCUGAAGGGACAAGUCCAAAGCAAGAUUAGCUUUUGAUGCUGCAGAGCUCAGCUGACAGGCAGAAGUGGGACAGGAUGUGUACUGCUUUUUCCAAAUGGUGUGCUACAUCUUUUUGCCUGGUUUGCCUGAAACUCUUAAGAGCUGCUCACAGGCUCUUCAGCACUCAGGCAAAGGUGUGACAGCUUCUUGUUCCUUUCAGAGAGUUCCAAACCCAGCACUUCUUUGCUGUGGGACAGGCUGGUAGCUGCUAUGGGAUCUGCCGACUCAGGCUCGUUGUGUCUGUCUUCUAGGCAUUAGGAUAGGGAAGUGGACCAACAAGAACUUACCACAGGUUUAAAGCCCCAGAACUGAGGUAAAAAUACAGUUAUUUGUGCAAACAUUUAAUGCCGGGCUGUCACAACCAGGGCCUGUGGGUGGACAGGCCACCGCCACCCGUAGCUCCUCUUCUCCUUUUCACAGCCACCCGUAGCUCCUCUUCUCCUUUUCAGAUUCUGGAUGUGGCAUCAGAUCUGGAGCUUUUCUGCUGUGUCCAAAGAGGGACUGAUGGGCCCUCUCCCCAGUUAGUAGCUGCCACAUCCACAGUUAUCAUUGCACUAAUGCCAAGAUAAAUCUAAGCAAACAUACAGCAAUGUCUGGCAGAUGAGAUUCUCCCAAAGACUUAAAAACUCAACUAGUAGCUGAAAAAAAAAGCAAAACAAAAUCUAAUGGAGCAAUGUGGAAAGUCUAGGUGAGAAGAGAAGCUGGUUGGCCAGCCCUUCUUCAUCAGAUCAGUGGAAGAGGCCACAGCUUUUCAUGAGACUUCAGAAGGUCACAGGGUGUCCUGCUCAGAGCAGCUCUUCGUGCUGUGCUUGCCCAUGGGCUGGCUUGUGUCUGGUGUUCCUUUGCCUCUUUGAAAGGCGAGAAGCACGUCUGGAGCAUGCGGAUUUACUCUAAAUGCCAAGGUUUUGCUCCUAUUUCUCCUUCCCUCCUUAGGACUCAGACUCAGGACUGCAUUCUAGGGAGUGUAGAUACAUUGCCAUGGUCUGAAUUUUGGAAACUUAUUUUCCAGGUUAUUGGCAUCAGCUCAGUGGUAGCUCUCUGUACAGAGCAGCAGUUGUGCUGUGAGGAGUCCUGCCCAUCCUGUGCUGGGAGGCAGGAGGAGAGAGGCCCUCUUGGGUUUGGCCAGAGCUGUCAUGAGGUUCUGCUUCCCGUGGGCUGGGAAAAGUCCUCACAGUUGGGAUCAUCCUGUGGUAGGUCAUGCUGGGAAUUGUCUUCUGCUUCUUCCGUUUCCUAUACUUGCACUUCAGAAAGAUGUUUGGAGAAAUGGAAAAAAAAAAAAAAAAA